AUGGCGACGGCGCGCGGCGGCGGCGGCUUCCCCGGGGCGCUGCUGCUGCUGCCGGUGCUGCUGCCGCUGGUGUCGGUGCUCCUGCCGGUGCUGCCCCGCGCCGCCGCCGAGCAGGUUGUCCUGCUGGACUCGAAGGAAUCGCAAGCAGAGCUGGGCUGGACCUCGCACCCAUCGAAUGGGUGGGAAGAAAUCAGCGGCGUGGAUGAGGAUUACAAGCCAAUACGCACGUACCAGGUCUGCAACGUCAUGGAGCCAAACCAGAACAACUGGCUGCAGACGGGCUGGAUUGCCAGGCGCGACGGCCAGCGGAUCUUCAUUGAGCUGAAAUUCACCCUGCGGGACUGCAACAGCAUCCCUGGUGUGACAGGCACCUGCAAGGAGACUUUCAAUCUGUACUACGUCGAGUCUGACACUGACCUGGGCCGUAGUGUCCGUGAGAGCAAGCACACCAAGAUCGACACCAUUGCUGCUGACGAGAGCUUCACACAGGGGGACCUGGGUGAGCGUAAGAUGAAGCUGAACACUGAGCUGAGGGAGAUCGGGCACCUGAGCAAGAGAGGCUUCCACCUGGGCUUCCAGGACGUGGGUGCCUGUGUGGCGCUGGUCUCUGUGAGGGUCUAUUACAAGAAGUGCCUGGCCACCGUGCAGAACCUGGCCGUGUUUCCGGACACGGUGGCAGAGACAGCCUUCGCGACUUUGGUGGAAGUUAAGGGCACUUGUGUCGCUCACGCUGAAGUGGACGUGGAUAAUCCCCCCCGGAUGCACUGCAGCGCGGAGGGCGAGUGGCUGGUCCCCAUUGGGAAGUGCACGUGUGGUCCCGGCUUCGAGGAGAAGGACGGGGGAUGCAGAGCUUGCCUUCCUGGAUUUUACAAGCUGUCCCUCCGUCUCCCUCUCUGCUCUCCUUGCCCUGAGCACAGCUUCACGCACGAGGAAGCCUCCACGUUCUGUUCGUGCCAGAAGAACUACUCCAGGUCUCCGUCAGACCCGCCGUCUGCCUCCUGCACACGUCCACCCUCCGCCCCGAGGAACCUGGUCUACAGCCUGCGGCAGUCGUCGCUGGUCCUGGAGUGGAGCGCGCCCGCCGACGCGGGUGGCCGGAGCGACCUGACCUACAGCCUGUGGUGUGGCCGGUGCCCGGCGGCUCUGCGGGGCCGCUGCGAGCAGUGUGGCAGCGGCGUGGGCUUUGUGCCGCAGCAGACGGGGCUCGUGGACCGGACGGUCACCCUGGUGAACCUGCUGCCUCACGUCAACUACACCAUCCGUGUGGCGGCCGUCAACGGCGUCUCAGGGCUCAGCCCGCUGUCGGGGCAGCAGUACGCCGAGGUGAACGUCUCCACCGGCCCCGCAGCGCCGACUCCCGUCACCGACAUCCGCACGGAUAAAGUUGAGCAGAAGAGCAUCUCCCUGUCGUGGCAGGAGCCCGGCUUCCCGCCCGCCAACGGCACCGAGUACGAGGUCAAGUACUACGAGAAGGAUCAGAGAGAUCAAAGUUACUCAACUGUGAAAACCACAUCAACGGCCGUGACGGUCAAUAACCUGAAGCCUGGCACCCUCUAUAUUUUCCAAAUCCGGACAUCUUCCUCGCCAGACUAUGGAAACUACAGCCCUAGUAUUGAAGUGGAGACGCUGGCAGAGUUGACGGUGGCCUCCAGCGAGCAGAGCCCCGUCCUCAUCAUCGCCGUGGUGGCCGUCGCGGGGCUGACGGUGCUGGUGUCCAUGCUGGUCGGCGUGAUGGUCUGGAGGAGACAGUGUGGGUACAGCAAAGCCAGCCAGGACGGGGACGAGGAGCUGUACUUCCAUUUUAAAAUACCGACCAGGAGGAUGUACAUCGACCCUGACACUUGCGAAGACCCCAUGCAGGCCGUGCACCUCUUUGCCAAAGAGCUGGAUAACGCUAGUAUUAAAAUCGAGAGGAUCAUUGGGACAGGAGAGUUUGGUGAAGUUUGCCGGGGGUGCCUGAAGCUGCCCAGCAAGCGGGAGCUGCCGGUGGCGAUCCAGACGCUGCGGGCAGGCUGCUCCGAGAAGCAGCAGCGCUCCUUCCUGGCAGAGGCUUGCACCAUGGGCCAGUUCGACCACUCCAACGUCAUCCGCCUGGAGGGGGUCAUCACCAGAGGCAGUACCAUGAUGAUCGUGAUGGAGUACAUGGGCAAUGGGGUGCUGGACUCCUUUCUCCGGAAACAUGAGGGACAGUUCACGGCCACCCAGCUCGUUUGCAUGUUGCAGGGGAUUGCCUCUGGAAUGAAGUACCUGGCAGAGAUGGGUUACAUACAUAAAAGCCUUGCUGCCCACAAAGUCCUUGUGAACAGCAGCCUGGCUUGCAAAAUAACUGGUUUUAGACAGCCACAAGAAGAUAAGAUGGAGACCAUCUUCUCCACCAUGCAUGGGAAGAGCCUGGUGCUGUGGUCAGCCCCCGAAGCCAUCCAGUAUCACCACUUCAGCCCAGCCAGCGACGUGUGGAGCUUCGGCAUCGUCAUGUGGGAAGUCAUGUCCUACGGCGAGAGGCCCUACUGGGACAUGUCCAACCAGGACGUGAUGAAGGCUGUGGAGGACGGGUUCCGCCUGCCCGCCCCGGUGAACUGCCAGCCGCCCCUCCACCAGCUCAUGCUCGACUGCUGGCAGAAGGACCGCAGCCAGAGGCCCAAGUUCUCGCACAUCCACAACAUCCUGAGCAAGUUGGUGCAGAGCCCGGAGCCCCCGAAGUGCCCCAGGUCCCACAGCACAUCCAUCCCCCUCACUGAGCGUACCUUCUCAGCCUUCCCAUCCUUCAGCUCCGUAGGCGAGUGGCUGGAAGCAAUAGAAAUGGGCAGGUACAAAGACAACUUCACCGCUGCGGGCUACUGCUACCUGGAAUCGGUGGCCAGGAUGACAGCCCAAGAUGUCCUCAGCCUGGGGAUCAUGCUGGGGGAGCACCAGAAGACCAUCCUGAGCGGGAUCCAGACUCUCCGGGCCCAGGUGAUCCAAAUGCAUGGCCGAGGCGUGCAGGUGUGAAGCGGUCCCCGCAGAGGUGCAGAGCUCCCGGGGAGGAGACAGCCAGCCGGCCCCCGACCGGACCAAAUCUCUGAAACCUCGCGGUUUCAGGUGGGAUGUAGGAAUCACUGGGCUGCUGCCAAACAAGUCAUUCCACGUGGCAAGAGAGCAGGGCUUCCUGUCCCCUGUGCCGGGGAAGCCAAGGAUUCCUGGGACGCGUGCGGUGUGCCUGGGUGGAUGUGGCUCUCCCUGGCACUGUUUUGUAAGAUGAGUCAAACUGCAACGAUGCCAUUUCAUAUGGUAAUUGGGUUAACAGGGUGAAUGGACGUUUGUUUGUGCGCUGUCUUAAUCCAGAGCUGACAGCAUUUUUGUAUCUAGCAUCCUACUGGUGAAAUCCAUGGGUAUUUUUAUACAGGCUGACAUGUUCUAGCAACCCCACAAGGAGCUUUUAUUGGUUUUAUUUUUAGAGACCGGAGCACAGCUCACACCCAGUGCCCAACUUCUGGAAGGUGACUUUCCCCAUCUGCUAUGCUGAAGGAAACACUUUCCCAGCCACGUCCCUUCUGCUCCAAGAGUUCCUUCACCGAAUCCUGACACCACAGUUGGUGAACAAAACCAAAUGUUCUUCACUGAAGUGCAGAGCAAGUGGUGCUGAAUGUUUCGAAGGCUCUCUUGACAAGACCAUUUCAGGGGAAGAAAUGGAAAGCUUUGAAGAGAGCCACGACCAAGAGAGGUCGAGCAGUGGAGCCCUCGGGCCGCCCUGCUGAUGCUCUCAGCCUUCGCUGCCUUUUGUGCAGGUCCCAGUCCCGUGUUUUACUGCCGGAGCCCAGCCGUGGGUGGGAGCUUGCAGAGCAGAGCGAGAGCAGGCAGCACGCUGCAGCCCACGGGCAGGGCAGUGCUGCCCGAGGGGGAAGGGCCGCCUCGGCUGCCGUGAGUGCUCUCCCCUCGUCCUCCGGCUGCCCCGCACCCAGCCGCGAGCAAGGAGGGGAGAGGCAGCCGUCUGCCCGGAGCGUCCCGCUCUGCUGCGCCGAGGUGUCAGUUUUCUGGUGCGGGUUCAUGCUUGGGCUGAGGUCUGUGCCCGGGGGCUGCGGAGCCAGCGUGCCCCACAGCCUCCGCAGUGGGGUGCGCCCCGGGCCGGGGUGUUCGAGGGGCCUUCAGGGGCUGUGCCGAAGGGACCGCGCACCCCGGCUGGGGCCUGGGGCCUGGGCAGAGCUGACCAUGGCAUCUGUGGGAUCCCUGCAAUCCUGCCCUGCAAUCCAGGGCGCAUCAGCACUUUAUUUUGUUGCACACUGGCAGAUCCUACUGAUCCAGGCCUCAUCCCUGACAGAAGACAUAAAUAGCAUCUGCUUAAUAAUAGAAGUUUCCUUGAAGUCAGUUAA